AUGGAAAUCGAGAAUGAAAAUAGUGAUUUCAAGAAGCCAAGAUAUGUUUGGACCGAUGAUUGCCAUAAGAGGUUCCUUGAAGCAAUCGAAAAGAUAGGAGGAAUCAAGAAAGCUACCCCGAAUAAAAUUUACCAACUGAUGGGAGACCCUUCGAUCACAAUGGCGAAUAUUUCGAGUCAUCUCCAGAAAUACAGUUUAGGCGUGCCAAAUCCAAACAAUAGAAACUACUCUGAUGCUACAGCUCAGGAAAUUGUUGGUUGCAGCGACGACGUUCAAGAAUCCAUGACACAGCAUCAUCACGAGACCCAUUAUGCUCAACAAGAGCAAGGCCUACCGACUAGGCAGAGUCAGAAAAGUUAUUUUUCAUUGAACUUAGAGAAUGCAGAGUCACGCCGAAGUUAUUUGGUGCAAAUUGAAUCGAUGCUAUCGUUCUUUGAACAGUCUUUUAGCUGGUCCUUCCACGACAACCUUUCUUGUGCUCCACAACUUGCGAACAACCUGAAUAAUGAUUUUCCAAUGGACUUACCGAGUAAUAUGUUGGAUCGGAUUAUGCCAGCCGGCGAUAAUCUUCAAUUGGAUCAGAAUAUGGAUACGGGAGAAUUUCAGAAUGAUGCAGAACCUUCAGGUGCUUGUGGUGUUUCCUCUGCAUUUGGCAUGACAGGUGGUGAGACGGUUUCUCCCGCCGGUGCUGAAGAUGCUUGA